UUCAGAAGUUUUGGUAUGUAAAUAUGGGAGAAUUGUGUGAUGUGCAUGCAAAUGCCCUAAAAUAGAAAUCAAUUUAGUGGAGGAGGAGAAAAAUUUAAAAAUAGGAGGAAAUGCAGAAAUAUAGAUGAUUCAGAGAAUAGGAGGAGGAGAAAUUGCAGAGAAAGGGGAUCUCUGGAGGGGAGAAGGUGAGUAAUGGAGAAAGGGGGUGGAUUUCCAUUGGUGGCUGUGGGGAUCAGCAAUGAUAGGAGCAGCCAGAACGCAUUAAAAUGGGCUAUCGAUAACCUAAUUGCGAAGGGACAAACCCUAAUUUUACUGCAUGUAAACACCCAUGGAUCAGGUUCUCAGCAACAUGCCCCCACCAGAGACUACAAAGGAGCCGAGGAACCUCACAUGAAGGAGCUCUUCCUCCCAUUUCGCUGUUUCUGCACAAGAAAAGAUAUCAACUGCAAGGACGUGGUGAUUGAAGAUCAUGAUGUGGCAAAGGCAAUUGUAGAGUUUGUAUCCCAAGCAGCAAUUGAGAAGCUUGUUGUUGGAGCUCCAUCCCACCAUGGAUUAAUGAGAAGAUUUAGAGGCUCAGAUAUCUCCACCAACAUUUCCAAGGGGGCACCUGAUUUCUGUACAGUUUAUGUUGUCUCCAAGGGGAAGGUAUUAUCAGUGAGGAACUCAGUGAGGGCAGCUCCGGCGCUUUCACCGCUCCGGCUUCAAAUACAGAACCAGGUUAACAUCAGGGCUGAUCCUGUAAAUCAUCAACACGAACUGGAAGCAAAAGGAGGCACAACACCCAAAGCUCUACGCUUGCACGACGAAUCAAUCAAAUCACCAUUUACAAGAGGAAUCCAUGGAAAGUCCUACCCAGAUUACUCACAAACUGAGACAGACAUAUCGUUUGUUAGCUCAGGGAGGCCGAGCAUCGACAGAGCAUUCCUACCAAAGCUCUCUAAUCAUUCAAAAGACCAUGAGCACGGCUUCGAACAGGGACAGACGGCUGUGCGCUUCAUCGAGCCAUAUUAUCAUGGAAAUGAAUUCUCUACCAACUCGGGGGAUAACAGCACUUCAUCAUGGUCAUCUCAAAACAUGGAUGAUGUAGAGGCUGAAAUGAAGAGACUAAGAUUGGAGCUAAAGCAAACCAUGGAAAUGUACAAUACUGCCUGCAAAGAAGCACUCAUGGCAAAACAAAAAGCGCUUGAUCUCGACCGAUGGAAGAAAGAAGAGGAGCACAAGCUGGAAGAAGCUCGCCUGGCCGAGGAGUCAGCCCUGGCCCUUGUAGAGAGGGAGAAGGCAAAAUGUAAAGCAGCCAUGGAAGCUGCACAAGCGCAGCAGAAGAUAGCAGAGUUAGAAGCACAGAAGAGAAGAAAUGCAGAGAUGCAGGCUCACAAAGAGGCAGAGGAGAAGAAGAGUGCCAUAAAAACCUUUGUUACAUCAUUCAGGUACCGUAGAUACACAAUAGAAGAGAUAGAGGUGGCAACAAAACACUUCGCAGAAAGCCUUAAAAUUGGUGAGGGUGGCUAUGGUCCUGUAUAUAGAUGUUAUCUAGAUCACACACCAGUUGCAAUUAAGGUACUAAGACCCGAUGCAGCACAUGGAAGAACACAGUUUCAACAAGAGAUAGAAGUACUGAGCAGCAUACGACAUCCACACAUGGUUUUACUAUUAGGUGCCUGUCCAGAGUAUGGUUGCCUGGUUUAUGAGUAUAUGGCGAAUGGUAGUUUGGAAGAUCGCCUUUUCAGGAGACGAAACACUCCACCGAUCCCCUGGCAACAUCGAUUCCGCAUCGCUGCUGAGAUUGCCACCGGCCUCCUUUUCCUACAUCAAAACAAGCCAGAGCCACUGGUACACCGUGACUUGAAGCCAGCCAACAUUCUCCUGGAUCAAAACUAUGUGAGCAAAAUCGGCGAUGUUGGGCUUGCCCGCCUGAUUCCCCCUUCAGUUGCUAACAGUGUCACCCAAUACCGGAUGACUUCUGCUGCUGGAACUUUCCACUACAUAGAUCCAGAAUACCAGCAGACAGGAAUGUUGGGGGUCAAAUCUGACAUCUACUCUCUUGGUAUCAUGAUGCUGCAGAUCAUCACUGCAAAACCAGCUAUGGGAUUAGCUCGCUAUGCUCGGGGUGCGAUGGAAAACGGUACCUUCCUGGAUCUAUUGGAUCCAGCAGUUACAGACUGGCCAGCAGAUGAAACCAUGAAAUUUGCUGAGAUAGCACUACAGUGUGCAGAGCUCCUACGGAAGGACCGGCCAGACCUUGCCACAGAGGUACUACCAGAGCUCAAUAGGCUGAGAUCUUUUGGAGAAGAAGAUAUGCAGUACCGUAGACUGAAGGUUUCCAUACAGGAUACCAUGGGUGACACCCACAUACAGCAAAAUGGAUGAGAAAGCUGAAAAUGAAAGCCUGGGAUUCUAUUAAAAGAAGAUUCCAACGUGGCCUGAGAAAUAGAUGAUGGGUAUAAUGAGGCCAAGCCAUAGAAUUUUGCUUCAUGUAACAUUUUGUAAAAGUGUUUUCUUAAUUCCUUUGUAAGUGUUAAGUUCUUUAAUCCAUAAAGUUUGCGUCUCUUACAACUUUAUUCAUAAGAGAAAAAAAUGGGACAUUUACAUGUAUACCAUGUAUUUAAAUA